UGAUGUAUGAUCAACCUCUGCAAGGCUGUGCUAUAGAGGCCGUCUCUACGCGACGUGAGCGGACAACGGCUUUACGGGAACCUCACGGAGCGUCGCGUGCGGCUAGUGUAGCGCUCGCACCACUGCUUGAGGCGUGCGGCUGCAGCAGCUCACACCCUACCUCUUGCGGCAUUGCUCUUUGCGCGUUGCUCUCUUGCGCACUGCUCCCGCAGCAGUCACCGCAGCGCCAACGCCAGGCACCUCGACACCAAGGACAGCCAUGGCCCCGCUCCGCCUCCUCGCGCUGGCGGCGACGGCCGCGGCCUUCGUCCUCCCGGCGCCGAAGCCGUCCACCAUACUACGAUCGCAAGUCGAGGACAAGGUCGACGCGAAGGGCGACGGCACGAUGCUCUACAACGUCAAGGGCCCGACGAACACGGCCAAGUCCGACGACGAAGAGGGUCUACCGUGGUGGUGGGACGGCUUCUGGGCGCUGCCGUUCACGGAGUCCGGCAAGCCGGGCACGGAGCUCAAGCUCGGGGACACGAUGAGGAUUUUUAAGAGCAACAUCGAGCAGAUUUAUGGCGACGCGCCGUCGGCGGAUGGUGCUCCUUUAGCCGAGGGUGACAUUAGUGGGUUGGCCGACGGUACGCUAUACUUGGGAUUGCAUGAAUAUGCCCGAAGGUUCGGCCCGGCCUACAAGUUAUGUUUUGGGCCCAAGUCCUUUAUAGUGUUGUCGGACGCGUCACUCGCACGUUAUGUCUUAGCCACGAACAACAAAGGCUACAACAAGGGCGUCCUGGCGGAGAUCCUCGAAGAUAUCAUGGGCAAGGGCCUGAUUCCCGCGGACCCCGUCACCUGGACCAGUCGUAGAAGAGCCAUCGUGCCGGCGUUCCACAAGCGCUGGCUGCAGCGGAUGAUCAGCAUGUUCGCGCUUAAAGUCGACGUGCUCAACGACGAUCUCAAAACUACCAGUGGACCCGUCGAUCUGGAAGAGAGGUUCGGUUCUUUGGCGUUGGAUAUCAUCGGGUCUGCGGUCUUCAACUACGAGUUCGAUUCGACGCUGAAGCCGUCGAAGGUCGUCCAAGCGGCCAUCGACACGUUAAGGGAGGCGGAGCACCGGUCCAUGACGCCCGCGCCCUACUGGAAGAUCCCCGGCGCCAUGCAAUUGGUACCUAGACAGCGGGCCUUCACGGCCAAUAUGAAUCUACUCAAUGACCAGCUGAACAACGCCAUCGCGGGCGCGUUUGAAGAUCGAGUCGAGAUGGACACGGAGGACCUGCAGGAGAACAUGGAUUAUGAGACCAUGGAGAAUCCUUCGUUACUGAGAUUUUUGGUCGAUCAGCGCGGGGAGGAAGCGACAGGAACGCAACUACGCGACGAUUUGAUGACGAUGUUGAUUGCUGGUCAUGAAACAACCGCUUCUGCCUUAACUUGGUGCGUGUUUGAGUUGGCGCAGAAUCCUGGGUUACUUGCUGAAUUAAGAGAGGAACUUGAUAAGGUGCUGCCGGACGGCAAGGCUCCUGCUACUAGGGAACAAAUAGAAGCCUUGCAGUUGACACGACUCACUGUAGCGGAAUCUUUAAGGAUGUACCCCCAGCCUCCUUUGUUAAUAAGGAGAGCGGUGGACGACGACAGCCUGCCGGCGGCUCGCAUGCCGGACUCCGAGGACUUGUCCGAUGAUCUGAGGAAUAACGAUGUAGAAGUGAAGAUGCAGCGCGCGUCGGACGUCUUUAUCGCGGUCUAUUCUAUACAUAGAAGCCCUCGGUACUGGCCCGAACCCGAUAAAUUUGAUCCGCACCGGUGGCUCAAGCCCUAUAAAAAUCCGGACGAGCCGAACUGGGCGGGCUACGACCCGGACAAGUGGAUGGGGUCCAUCGGCACGUUGUAUCCCACGGAGACGGCGACCGACUUCGCGUUCAUGCCGUUCGGCGGCGGCGCGCGCAAGUGCGUCGGCGACCAGUUCGCCAUGAUGGAGGCCACCGUGGCGCUGGCCGGCUUCCUGCGGAACUACGACUUCGAGUUCGCGGGCAAGACGGACACGCCCGAUAAGGUCGGGACGAACACGGGCGCGACGAUCCACACGCGGAACGGGCUCUGGAUGACGGUGACGGAGCGGAGUAAAUAGUCGAUUUCCAAA